AGUAAUUCAUCUUUGGAGAGCAACCUGGAGGGCUUAGCUGGUGUUUUGGAGGCUGAUCUGCCAAAUUACAAAAGCAAGAUACUGAGGAUUCUGUGUACUGUUGCACGUCUCUUGCCGGAAAAGCUUACUGUUUACACAACCUUGGUGGGACUGCUGAAUGCCAGGAACUAUAAUUUCGGUGGGGAGUUUGUGGAAGCCAUGAUUCGUCAGCUUAAGGAAUGCCUGAAAGUGAACAUGUACAAUGAAGCUGUGCAUUUAGUUCGUUUUCUGUCUGAUCUCGUGAACUGCCAUGUAAUAGCUGCACCUUCAAUGGUAGCUAUGUUUGAGAACUUUGUGAGUGUGACACAGGAGGAGGAUGUACCCCAAGUACGAUGUGAUUGGUAUGUGUUUGCAUUUCUGUCAUCUUUGCCUUGGGUUGGAAAGGAGUUAUAUGAGAAAAAGGAUGCUGAAAUGGAUCGUCUACUGUCUCAGACAGAAAGUUAUUUGAAACGCCGCCAGAAGAUUCAUGUACCCAUGCUGCAAGUGUGGACUGCUGACAAACCACAUCCACAAGAAGAGUAUUUAGACUGCCUUUGGUCUCAGAUUCAGAAGCUGAAAAAAGACCGUUGGCAGGAACGACACAUCCUGAGGCCCUACUUGGCUUUUGACAGCAUUCUUUGUGAAGCACUGCAGCACAAUCUGCCUCCAUUCACUCCUCCACCUCACACUGAAGAUUCCGUAUACCCGAUGCCAAGGGUCAUUUUUAGGAUGUUUGACUACACGGAUGACCCUGAGGGUCCUGUCAUGCCUGGCAGCCAUUCCGUUGAACGAUUUGUAAUAGAGGAGAACCUCCACUGCAUCAUCAAAUCCCACUGGAAAGAGAGAAAGACCUGUGCUGCACAGCUGUUGAGCUACCCAGGAAAUAACAAGAUCCCCCUGAACUAUCACAUAGUUGAGGUAAUAUUUGCAGAAUUGUUUCAGCUUCCGUCUCCACCACACAUCGAAGUCAUGUACACAACGCUUCUGAUUGAACUGUGCAAACUUCAGCCUGGCUCUUUACCACAAGUUCUCGCACAAGCCACGGAAAUGCUUUACAUGCGUUUGGAUACGAUGAAUACAACAUGUGUGGACAGAUUUAUUAACUGGUUUUCUCACCACCUGAGCAACUUUCAGUUCCGUUGGAGCUGGGAAGAUUGGUCAGAUUGUCUUACUCAGGACCUUGAAAAACCCAAACCCAAAUUUGUGAGAGAGGUUUUGGAGAAGUGCAUGCGACUCUCCUACCAUCAGCGAAUAAUAGACAUUGUUCCUGCAAGUUUUUCUGUCCUCAGUCCUGCUAAUCCUGUGUGCAUCUACAAAUAUGGAGAUGAAAGUAACAGGUCACUUCCUGGAUAUACUGUGGCACUCUGUUUAACAAUUGCUAUUAAAAAUAAGGCCAGCAAUGAUGAAAUCUUCAGCAUUUUAAAAGAUGUCCCUAAUCCAAACCAGGAUGAUGAUGAUGGUGAAGGAUUUACCUUCAACCCUCUGAAAAUAGAAGUCUUUGUUCAGACUCUGCUCAAUCUAGCUGCAAAGUCUUUCAGUCACUCCUUCAGUGCCCUGGCAAAGUUUCAUGAAGUCUUCAAAACGCUUGCUGAAAGUGACGAAGGGAAACUCCAUGUUCUGAGGGUUGUAUAUGAGGUUUGGAAGAAUCAUCCUCAGAUGAUUGCUGUGCUUGUGGACAAGAUGAUUCGGACACAAAUUGUUGACUGUGCUGCAGUAGCAAACUGGAUCUUUUCCUCGGAGCUUGCGCAUGAUUUUACUAGGUUUUACAUCUGGGAGAUCUUACAUUCCACAAUUCGUAAGAUGAAUAAGCAUGUCCUGAAGAUUCACAAAGAACUGGAGGAGACUAAGGCAAGAUUGGCCAGGCAGCACAAAAGA